AGGCCCCGGCGCGCCGCCGUCUCCCCUCGGCCGCGACUUCCGCUUCCGGCGAGUAUUGUGCGUCGCGCGGCGGGGCGGGGGUGAGGGGAGGAGGAAGGAGGGAGGCAGUGCUCCGGCGGCCCCGCGCCCCGCACUCCGGGACCGGAGCGGGAAGUUAAAUAAUGGCAGAGACAAGUCUGUUAGAGGUUGGAGCCUCGGCAGCCUCCACAGCUGCUGCUCUGGAGAACCUGCAGGUGGAGGCAAGCUGUUCUGUGUGCCUGGAGUAUCUGAAGGAGCCGGUCAUCAUCGAAUGCGGGCACAACUUCUGCAAAGCGUGCAUUACCCGCUGGUGGGAGGACCUAGAGCGGGACUUCCCUUGCCCUGUCUGUCGGAAGACAUCCCGAUACCGGAGUCUCCGGCCGAAUCGACAACUAGGCAGUAUGGUAGAAAUUGCCAAGCAGCUGCAGACGGUCAAGCGGAAGAUCAGAGAUGAGAGCCUCUGCUCCCAGCACCAUGAAGCCCUCAGCCUCUUCUGCUAUGAAGACCAGGAGGCUGUCUGUUUGAUAUGUGCAAUUUCCCAUACCCACCGGGCCCACACCGUCGUGCCACUGGACGAUGCUACACAGGAGUACAAGGAGAAACUGCAGAAGUGCCUGGAGCCCCUGGAGCAGAAGCUGCAGGAGAUCACCUGCUGCAAAGCCUCUGAAGAAAAGAAACCAGGGGAGCUCAAGAGACUCGUGGAGAGCCGCCGACAGCAAAUCUUAAAGGAGUUUGAAGAGCUCCACAGGCGACUGGAUGAAGAGCAGCAGACGCUCCUCUCACGGCUGGAAGAAGAAGAGCAGGACAUUCUACAGAGACUUCGAGAAAAUGCUGCUCACCUUGGGGACAAGCGUCGCGACCUUGCCCACUUAGCUGCUGAGGUGGAGGGCAAGUGCUUACAGUCAGGCUUCGAGAUGCUUAAGGAUGUGAAAAGUACCCUGGAAAAAUGUGAGAAGGUGAAGACCAUGGAGGUGACUUCAGUUUCUAUAGAGCUGGAGAAGAACUUCAGCAAUUUCCCCCGCCAGUACUUUGCCCUAAGGAAAAUUCUUAAGCAUCUAAUUGCGGAUGUGACUCUGGACCCCGAGACAGCUCAUCCUAACCUCGUCCUAUCAGAGGAUCGGAAAAGUGUCAAGUUUGUGGAGACAAGACUCCGAGACCUCCCUGACACACCACAGCGUUUCACUUUCUACCCCUGUGUCUUGGCUACUGAAGGCUUCACCUCAGGUCGACACUACUGGGAGGUGGAGGCCGCACACUGCGUCCUCUCGCAGAACCCCGAGAACCAGGCGCUGGCGAGGUUUUACUGCCACACAGAGAAGACCAUCGCGAAGCGGCUGGUCCUGCGGCAGGACCCCUCCGUGAAGAGGACGCUGUGUCGCAGCUGCUUCUCUCUCCUGGUCCCGGGCCUCACCUGCACGCGGCGCCAGAGACGCCGAAAGGGACAGCGCUGGACAGUGCAGACCUGCCUGACAUGCCAGCGCAGCCAGCGGUUCCUCAAUGACCCCAAGCAUCUGCUCUGGGGGGACCGCCCCGAAGCCCAGCUGCAAAAUCAAGCAGAUUUCAGACCAUCAGAGCCCCCGCCAAACAUAGCCCACCUGCCUAAGGAGAAUGAGUGCAUAGCCUCAGACUAGAAACACCAGUGACGGAUUUAUUCCCAGAUAAAUAAAGUGAAAUUCUGUUUGA